GGGGUCCCGCUCUGACGUCACGGGGGAACCCCCUCCGAGCCCCGCCCCCGCUCUCCCUGCCAAUCACCGCGCUCAGGGGGGAAAGCCGCGCGCUGAUUGGCUGCGCCGUCAGGCCCCGCCCCCUGACCCCGAGCCAACAUGGCGGCGCCCAGCGGCGCGACCCGGCGUGGGGACAGCGGGGCUCGGCCGUGACCGCGACACCGCGACAGACACCGCGACAGACACCGCGACACCACCGCGGCCACAUGCGGCUGAACUGGGUCCGGGCGCUGCCCCGGGGGCUCUGGGGCCGCCCCGGGGUUCCGGAGCUGUGCCGCAGCUUGUGCCAGCGCCCCGCGCGCGCCCCCACUGAAGGCGGUGACACCGCGGGGACCCCGAACCCCCGCGGGCCGCAGCGGCGCCACCGCCCGGACGGCGACACCGCGGGGGGCGACACCGCGGGGGGCGACACCGCGGGAACCUCGACGUGGCAGCGCCAUUUCCGCGAGACACGGGACAGCGAGCGCGGCCCGGAGCCCCGGGACCACCGGCGGGGGGCUCUGGGGGGUGACACCUCGGGGGGUGACACCUUAAGGGGUGACACCUUAAGGGGUGACACCUCGGGGGGUGACACCUUUAGGGGUGACACCUUAAGGGGUGACACCUCGGGGGGUGACACCUUUAGGGGUGGCAUCUUUAGGGGUGACACCUCGAGGGGUGACACCUUUAGGGGUGACACUUUUAGGGGUGACACCUUUAGGGGUGACACCUUUAGGGGUGACACCUCAGGGGGUGACACCUUUAAGGGCGGCACCUCUGGGGGCGACACCUCCGGGGCCCCAUCGCGACGCCGCCUCUCGCGCCAGCGCGGCGAGGACCCGCACCGCGACGGUGACAGCGGUGACCGCGGUGACAGCGGUGACCGCGGCGGCCCCGCCGCCUUCGCCGCCGCUCUCCGGGACGCCGCUCGCUGCCCGCCGGGGCGCGGGGGGCGGCUGGCGCUGGUGGAGGCGGCGCUGGCGGCGAUGCCGGCGCUGGGCGCGGAGCGCAGCCUGCCCGCCUACAACGCGCUGCUGCGGCUGCUGCCCCGGGGCCGCUGGGUGCCGCGCGGCGCCGUGCAGCGGCUGCUGUUCCCGUUCCCGCGGCAGCAGGAGUGCGGGCUGCGGCUGCUCGAGCAGAUGGAGCGAUACGGGGUGGUGCCCGACGCCGAGACGCGCUUCCUGCUGCUGGGGGUGUUCGGGCCGCGCAGCCGCCCGCUCCGCAAGGUGCAGAGGAUGAUGUUCUGGCUGCCGCGCUUCCGGCAGCUCGACCCCCACCCGCUGCCCCCCCAGCUGCCGCCCCCCGGGCUGGGGACAGCGCGCCUGGGGCUGCAGCGCAUCGCCAGGGACCCUGGGGCCACUGUCACCGUCAUCCAGGUGGGCACGGGGGGGACAGGGACAGGGACAGCGCGCCUGGGGCUGCAGCGCAUCGCCAGGGACCCUGGGGCCACUGUCACCGUCAUCCAGCGGCCCGUGCCGGACACAGGGGAGGACGAGGGCUCUGUCCAGCCCUUCAUCGUCAGCUCCCAGAGCCCCGAGCAGCGGCAGCUCCUGGCCCUGCACGACCCCUCCCGCCCCGUCUUCGUCGAGGGGCCCUUCCCGCUCUGGCUCCGCGGGACCCUCCUCAAAUACUUCGUCUUACGGGGGGACCCCCUGCCCCCACACCUCAGGGUGAACCCCGAGCGCAGCUUUUACUUCCCUCUACACCUGGAGCUGGAGCUGGAGCGCGGCCCCUGGGACGACGACGAGUUCGACGUGGACGAGGUGGAGGAGGGCCCCGUGUUCGCCCUGUGCGUGCCGGGGGCGGGUGACCGCCGCACCUUGGGCAGGUGGAUCUCGGGGCUGCAGGAGCACAACCCGGUGCUGGGGCGCACGCCCGUCGUGUUCCGCCUCUCCGAGGGGGGGGACCCCUCUGCUGACCCCCCUGCUGACCCCCAGACCCCCCAGCUGGGCAUGGGGACCCCCCCGGCAGCGGGGCUGGAGCCCCCCGAGGGGCAGGAGGGGGGGCAGCCGGGGGGAGACCCCCCGAAAAGCGGCGGGGAAUAAAGGGGUGCUGUGAUGGAUGGAUGGA